AGGGGGGGACACUUUUUUUUUGUUUUGUUAUCCAAGAAACAAUACAGAAGUCUGACCAUGACAGGAAAUUUCAAAAGAAAGUUUGCUUUUAUAGCUCCCACUGGCAUUUUAUCGUUCACAUGAGAACAGAUGCCUGUGUAUUGGGAAAGAGUGGAAGAGUCUGGGACACUUACAAUAAAGACAAGGAGUAUUUAUCCAUGGACACAUCAUGGUACAGACAGUACUUCUGGCUUCUGGUAUUUGCAGGAAUUAUAGUUGUUACUGCUAUCAUCACCCUAAUCAUGGUUUGUCUGUGCAGGACCCAGUUCUCAAAACGUCUAAGCUUGCGCAUUCAGAAGUCCUUUAGACAGAAUUCAAGAAAUCAAAGACAAAGAGAAUCAAGUGCAGUGAUUUUGCAAAACAGCAUUUAUACUUCAUCACCAAGGAUAAUAAAAGCUAAUCCUGAUUUGAGGCUGGAUUCAAAUCGACAAGCCCCGCAGCAGAACACUUUUCCAGUAUAUGCAAUGGCACAAAAGAAGGAGAAACAGUUACAGUAUGGAAAUGCAGAUUAUGAACAGGAGCAGACUGGAAAAGAAUAUGCCGAUUUUGUUCCAGAAACAAGGCAAAACAUAGCCAUGGAAACAGAAUGGGAAGAUAUGCGAAAUGGUGAAUACAUUGAUGUCCUCCCAGAAGAUGAUGAGAAUGAUGAAUCGUACGACGAUGUGCAGUUUUAGUGUCAAACUUAUGAAACUGAUGAACUAAUUACACUGGGCAACACAUAUAGCCAAGUCCUUACUUUUUAGAAGGAUGAAAUUAACACAGCGUUGUGUUUUAUUGCAUAGAGAACUCAGUUUGAAAAAGCCUUGACUUUUUCUCUAGGAAAGCCUAAAUUGUUUUAAUGUGUUUGCUAGGAUAAACAUUAUUCACUUGUGCACCUGUUAAGCUUUAGCGUAUAUCCUAAAAAAUUAGAAGUAAUGGACAGCAAAUGCAAGUGAUAUGCACUUCUAAGGGUUCCAUACUGCUGUGGAAUUAGGGAUCAUAAAUGAGAAGUUAAGUAGACCACUUAAAGAGGUACACCAGAAAUUAAAUUAUUUUUUUACAUCUAUCAUAAUAUUGCCUUUGAAAGCUACUUAUAACUUUGCCAUAAAGUA